AUGCCGGCGAAUCUCAACCUCUCACUUAUUCUCUUGACUGCAGCAUCGACCGAGGUCGUUCUUGACUUGCAGAUCAUGUGUUCCCUGGCAGCACCCCAAUGCACUUCCCUGUCGCAUGAGCACGAAACUCCAAUAGCAGAACAAGUCUCUCAAUCCAUCAUGAAGCGUGCAGCGUUAAAAUUAGUGGAUUUUGACAUCACAUCACAAUUUUACGUCAUCCCCGUCUCUUUGCCUGAUUUUAGCGCCAGGGUACCAAGGCUGAAUCUCAAUCUCCGAUGGAGGCCCUUCAUUGUCAUUGAUUCGGCAUCUUGCUACUCGCCAAGAGGAAACUGUAGCGCGACCAACGAUUCACCCGCGCUGGAGUGGUGUCCACAAUUACCAUCAGCCGCACCAGGCCACCAGGGAAUAAAUGUCAAGGCAACAGAGAGCCUGACAGGAUCUCAACGGGGAAAGUGA